AUGAUUCUACACUUUCUCGCUCUCAUUUCAAUCGGACUUGCAGCCACUUCCCUUCCCUCACUUGAAACAUAUCUUAACAAAUACAGGCCGAAAGUCGUUACUGAAGGGACGCGCACUGUUGAAGCUUCGCUUUUCAGAGUUCACAUCUAUCCAAAGAACCGGAUAGAAACCACCCUCUCCUUCGGAGCGAGCGACGAUGUCAUUCGUGCAGCUGAGACGGCAAUAAACGACUUUUACUCUGGUGAACUACUUGCACAGGGCGACGAAACGGAAAAGAUGGGCGAGCGAGUGCUUUCAGAUAAUGGCAGCUCACGUCUUGGCGAUUCUGCGUCUGUGGCGAAAUAUUUGACGCAUCCUUCAUGGCAUACCACUGGACAGUCACUACGCAGGUCGCCAUCAUUCGUUAUGUUCGACGUAAAUGGCAGAGGGAUAGCUUUUGCAAAAGAAGGUGGAAUCAGACCCUAA